ACACCAUGUCCGACUUCUUCAACAACAACUCCUCGUCGACCGGCGGAAACUCGAACUCCGAGUUUGCCUCGGGCCCCGGCGGCGGCACGCAGGCCGACGGCUUCGCGCAGGGCCAGGGCCAGGGCGGCGCGUACGACAACAUGCAGAGCUCCGCGCAGUCGAACAACAUGGGCGGCGGCCAGGGCGCGAUGGGCUCGGGCGUCGCUGGGGGGUACUCGGGCAACCAGAGCAGCAACACGUCGAGCCAGACUGGCGAGAAGAAGGACUGGCUCGAUAAGGGCCUUGAGAGCCUCGGCAAGAAGGCUGGGUUCAACUUGAGCGACAAGAACGCGGACACUGCUGGCGACUUCCUCAACAAGGAGGUCAAGGAGCGUGCCGGUCGCAACCUCCCCGGUGUGCAGUAGAUUAUAAUCGUGAACGGACUUUUAGCAUGCAUGGACAUUCACUGUAACAUAUACUGUUGGAGCACGCAAUCCGAGCGUCGUUGUCCGCGACCGGCCCCGUAUCGUCUAGUGUAUGUUUUCUGAUUGUUUCGUUCGUUAUCGUCUUCAUGCCUGCCGCGCGGACGAGUUCCGCGCGGUCAGUAUUACAUAAGCAUUCUCGAUUAGGCAAUUUCUCAUUUAGACGCCCUAUCGCUCGC